AUGGAUUCAGGGGAUGGACUCAAUGUUUCUGCUGAGCCAGGACUGACUCAUGACAUCCUUGUAUCCCGCACGUCGGUCUACAAUCAAAAAGUCAAAAGCCUGCAAUCAAGUGACUGGGAGGUGCAAGGGAGGCGUAAACAUCGACUCUUUCGAACAACUUACGAUCCGAAUUGGACGUCUGCGGAGAAGAUGAGAAGAUGUGGUCCAACACCAGCUUUGACAAUCUUCGUCGCUUACGCUCCAACAUCAAGUUACGAAGAAGAAGAAGUCGAAGCUUUCUAUAUGGACCUGGAGAAGUUCUACCGAGAAGAUCGUGCCUUCUGCAAGGUCAUAAUUGGCGAUUUCAACUCCAAAGUUGGCCCAAGAAGAAAGCCUGAAGAACUUCACAUCGGGACCCACGGCCUACAAUGGAAUGAUCAGGGGGAGAGGCUCUCCGAGUUCAUCAUGACGAGGUACCGUAAUGAAAUAGACCACAUCAUCGUAAAUAAAAGGUUCUGCUUGACGGACGUCGCUGUUGUACCAAAGUUCUGUACGAGGUCGGACCAUCGCCUCCUCCAAGAAAGAUUUUCCUUCACAAGGAGGGAAGAGAAAGCCGCCAAGUUCAGAGAGGAACAUCCCAGAACUAUCAUCAACUGGGACCUCUUCGCUAUGCUAGCUGGCUUUUGGGAAGAUUCCGCAGUGGACAACAUCGACGAGGAAUAUGACCGGCUCGUUGAACACCUUCACGAUUGCGCGAAGAAGGCGGAAUCUACAAAAGACGAUGUUCAUGCGGAACGGAUGGAUCCCGGAAGCCCAUUCACGCUCAACGGAACGAACAUAUCCGAAUGCACCAGUUUCGUUUAUCUGGGUCGGGAAUUGAACAUGAUGAUCGACCUGACCCCCGAGCUAGGCAGGAGGAGACGAGCGGCUUGGGGAGCGUACAAGAGCAUCGAGGAUGUAGUGAAGAAGACCAAGAACACCCGGCUCUGUGCUCACCUCUUCAACACCACCGUACUUCCUGCUUUGACCUAUGCUUCGGAAACCUGGGCAUUUCGCAAGCAGGAAGAAAACGCGCCCGCCACCCUAGCACGCGUCCCCUACCGCCUAUCGGGGCAGAUGGAAUUGAUUUUCGACGAAUCGCAGGGCGGAGGCGGCGCAAAGGUCAUGAUGAAUGAAUAUGAUAGAAACGACCGAUCUGUAUAUGUGUCGAUGAUGAAUGAAUCCUUCACUGACGAUCGUCUGUGCAAUUUGCUAAGCAUAGCUGGUCCAAUUGAAAGGAUUCUUUCCAAGACACGUAUGGAUGGUGCGUUGGUGAACGCCAUAGUUUCGUUCAGAAGAUUUGAGUCUGUUAUCUUUACCAUAAAUUAUAUCAAACCUGUCAUGGAGUCUGCGAAAUGGAUGCAUAUUCGACCACUGCGGUCUGACCAUCGGGUCGGGGGUCCUCCUGCGGUGCAUUUGAUGUCGCGUGGUAUCAAGCCGCUUACGGGACUGGUCCAACGAUUGACGUUGAAACGCACGCACGUGUCCGGCCCACCUAAAUUUGCUUUCCUUGGCAUAUGCGGCAGCGCCUCUGAUCUUCGAUUGGUGACGUAG